AUGGAGAGAGAAAGAGAACAAUCUGGUUCUCUCCUCUACCUAUCAAAAUCUUUGAUUCAAUCGUACCCAAAAGACAAUCAAAGUACCGUCCAUCUCACUCCAUGGGAUCUCACACGUUUAUCUAUUGAAUACAUUCAGUUCGGCAUUCUCCUCCCCAAACCCUCUACUCCUCUUGACAUCACAAUCUCUCACUUGAAAUCUUCUCUAUCUCAAUCCUUGAACCAUUUCUUCCCCUUAGCUGGCCGUCUCUCCACCAUCAAUCAUGACACCAUGCCACCUACAAUAUCAAUUCUCGUCGAUUGCGGCAACCAAGGCGCUGAAUUUAUCGUCGCAUCUGCAGAAGAUGUGACGGUGUUUGAUAUCGUUAGACCUCUCUAUGUUCCCUCCAUUUUGAAGUCAUUCUUCCCUCUCAACGAUGCGAUUGGCCGUGAUGGCCACUCGCUCCCUCUUCUCUCCGUUCAAGUCACUGAGAUAUUAGAUGGCGUUUUUAUCGGUUGCUCGCUUAACCAUUCAAUAGGAGAUGGCGCUUCAUUCUGGGAUUUCCUCAACUCAUGGUCGGAAAUAUCUAGAAACGAUAGCACAGACAUCUCCUCCCCUCCGAUAUUUGACCGCACUAUCUCUGAGCUUAAGGUGAAGGCAAAUUCAGAGAUGGCCGACGCUGACGAGAUUUCCUCACUCCAAGCUCUAUUAGCUCAUGUGUGGAAGUUUAUCGUCCGUGCUUGGAAGCUGAACCCCGAUCAGGAAGCUAGCUUUUAUCUACCCCUUGGAAAUCGAUCGAGGAUUAAACCACCACUACCCGACGCUUAUUUCGGAAUCUCUAUUAGUGGAUGCGAAGUAAAGGCAUCAGCGGGGGAGGUGAUGAGCCAAGGUCUAGGAUGUACGGCGUGGAAAUUGAAUAGGGCUGUUGCAUCCUUGACUAACGAAAUCAUCAAGAAUUGGCUUGAUUCAUGGGUAGAGCACCCUUUCACUCUCCACCCUGAAAUGUACAAGGCGUAUACUAUAUACAUCAUGAACUCACCAAGAUUCAACGUCUACGGCAAUGAUUUUGGAUGGGGAAGACGGAUUGCCGUCCGGAGCGGGAGCGCCAACAAGCUUGACGGAAGGAGUAGUUUAUACUCAGCAGUCCAUCAUCCCACAAAGACGUGCUACGCUCUCAAGGAUAAAAUUCAAGCUUUGAUUGAUAUUGGUAUCAUCACUACAAAGAACCUCAAGGAAAAGAAGGUGGGCGCGAAUGUGGUUUCUAUCAGCUUUGGCUCGGUCCCUCUGUCAUGGUUUCAGCCAGAGCCCGUAUCAAAAGUGAAGGUGAAGACUAUUAACGAUGAUCCUCACGGACAACGCCAGAAGAGGAUUGUACAACACAUGGCUCCUAACGGUGAAAUUCUUUGGGUUCAUCCAGAUCUGUUCAAAGAUGAGCAGUGGAUAGGAUCCUUAUCUAAGAAGAAAUCUAAGAGUAAGGGCAAAUCAUGUUGUCCCGCUACAGCAAUUCCUGAGAAAGAUGAUGAAAGCAUCCCUCCUUUAUCACUUUCUGAAGACGAAUAA